GACUUGUCUGCCACUUGACUUCAUGGUUGGCUGGAACACCCAACAGUCCAGGAAUCUCACGGCGAAGUCCAGAAGCUCCAAAAAGCGGCAGGCGGGGUGUGCAUCAUCUUGUGGCCAAAGCUCACAGCUCCUCCCCGCCUCGUUACCGUAACUUACGAACGAGAACAUCCACAUCGUCCCUGUUGUAGAUGCUGCCACCCUUACAGCACACCUCUACUCGGCCGAUUUUACGACCGUCGACGCGCUCCUUACAUAAUGAGACGUUAACAUCCAGUCGGCCCGUGACGCCCGCCACGCCCACCGCCUCCCUGCAAACCGCCGAAAAUGCCUCGGAUAAUCUUCACAACCGCGCCUUUGACACGCUACUAUACUGUGAUGAGUUGCACACACAACAGUGCAGUUGCUGUAUCUGUGCGCUGGAAACGCUAGGGUGAUGUCACAGCCCUAGCGGAAGCAGAUGAUGGUAUCGCGUAUAG